AUGACCGUCGAGAGGACCACCGGAGGCACCUGCGAGAACGGCGGAAUCGAAUUGCGUAGAGGAUCGGCGAGUCGAGCUCAACUUCUGUCGUCGAUGGCUUCGGAGGCAAGAGUUAUUGCAGCCCCACUGAAAGCUUUGGCCAUGGAGCUGGUGAGUUCCGAUUGUUAUAUGACCGCUGGGGCUUUGGGCUUGUUUCUAAGAUGCUUAGGGAGUGGGGGGUUGGCUGGGCAAGCUGACAUUUUGUUUGAUCAAGUUUGUAUCAAGGGUCUUUGUGUUCCUAAUGGUUAUAGCUAUAAUUGUUUGUUGGAUGCUAUAUCUAAGUCAGGUUCGGUCGAAUUGGUCGAGAAGAGGAUGAAGGAAAUGGGGGUUACUGGGUGGCAAUUUGAUAGGUACACGCUAACUGCGGCGUUGAAGGUUUAUUGCAAUGCAGGAAAGUUUGAAAAGGCUUUGGAGGUUUACAAUGAAAUGCAUGAGAAGAGGUGGGUUGAUGCUCAUGCUAUGUGUAUCAUGGUGUUGCAUUUGAGCAAGGCGGGUGAGGUGGAGAAGGCUUUUGAUUUGGUUGAGAGAAUGGAGCGUCAGAAUCUUUGUUUGAAUGAAAAGACAUUUCAUGUUUUGAUUCAUGGGUUUGUGAAGGAGUCUAGAGUGGAUAAGAGCAUAAAUAUGUAUCAUAAUCUCUAUAAAUCUCUGCACCAAAGAAUGUCAAAGAAGGCAUGCAGCAAAUUAAAUCAGAAGAUGCAAGAAAGUCAAAGAAGGGUUAUUACAUUUUUGAAGGAGAUGCGUGUUUGUGGGCACGUGCCAUGGGAAAAGCAUUCCAGCUUGCUUGUGAAGCAGUUGUGCAAAAACGGAAAGGCAGGUGAAGCUUGUCAUUUUCUCGAUAAAAUGGUUGAAGUAAGUUUCCUCCCUGGCCUAGUUUCAUAUUCUGCGGUUAUUAAUGGAUUACUCAAAAUUGAAGAAGUAGAUCGAGCUUUACAACUGUUUCACGACUUGUGUGUUGAUGGCUACUGUCCUGAUGUGGUAAUUUAUAACAUAUUGAUAAAUGGGCUAUGCAAGGCCAAUAGAAUUCUGGAUGCAGAAAACUUUCUGAAUGAGAUGGUAAUGAAAGGUCUACUUCCGUCGGUUGUAACCUACAAUCUGCUGAUAAGUGGAUAUUGUAAAAACGGUGAUGUAGAUAAAGCGAUGACUUGUCUCUCCAGGAUCUUUGGUGAAGCUAAAGAACCUAAUGUGAUUACCUACUCGAUGUUAAUAGGUGGAUUAUGCAAUGGUGGAAGUAUCAAUGAUGCUCUCGUGCUUUGGGAUGACUUGGUAAAGAAAGGACGUGCUCCAAACUAAAUUGCUUAUAUGGCUCUUAUUAACGGUCUAUGCAAGUGUGGUAAACCUGUUGAGGCUUUAGCCUAUCUUCGUGAAAUGGAGGAGAAAAAAAUGAAACCUGAGAUACGUGUAUAUUGAGCAGUAAUAAGUGCUUUAAUCUCUAAUCCAAACCUUACCCCUGCCACUUGA